AUGAGUUUUUCUAUUUAUGAGCUAGAUGAAAACAUCAAGAAGCUACUAACGGUAGACAAUUAUCUCAAUGGGUUGUCGGUCAAUGAUUUCAUUGAAGAGAUCAGUAAAGAUCAUUUUCUUAAAGGAGCCGAAGUCAACAAUAAAGCGUACCUCGACCCCAAGCCAUACAUCAGAACCUUUGAAAGUACUUUGAGGGAGUUGAAACAGUUACAAUUAGAGGCCAAUGAACAGCGAGUCAAGAAUGAAAGACAAGUGGAUUCAUUUGAGUUGAAGCAUUCAGAGAACGUGUUGGAGUUGAACCACCGAAUUGACGAGGCAACCAAGAAAUUUGAUAUUUUGGACAACCAGAUCCUGGACGUGUCUACACGGAUUAAUCCAUUAGGGAAUACAUUGAACAAGAUUACCAACUCCCGUGACCGGUCAUUGGAGACGAUUUUCUUAAUUCGGGCGUACCAUGGGUUUUUCAUGAAGGAGCAGUACUUGCCAUUGGAGACGUUGAAGAAUAGCAAGAAGCUUGAGGAUAAGUUGAAAUGUGCCAAGACAGUUCGGAAUUUAUUGAAUCUAGCCAAAAAAGUAUCUGACGAGAAGCUGCCGAAAUCGAUAAAGUGUAUAACUACUAUUGAGCAGUUUGGAGAAAACAUGGAGAAAGAGUUGUUACGAAAGUUUGAGAUAGCUUCAGAGGAUGAGGACGAUAUUGAUUUUGAUAUGAUGAACCAGAUUGCCCAGAUUUUGUUUGAGUAUAAUGAAGGCAUAAAUGUUAUUCAGACGUUUGUUAUUAAAAAUGAUAUUGUGGUUGAGAAUGAAGAGAGGAUGUUGGGGGAGCAAGAGUGGGCGAUGUUGUCGGACUCCACCAGGACAGAUUUCAAGAUUGACGAGCAGGCGACGUUUGAUAAUUUAAAGUUUGAGAUCAAGUCACGAGCAAGAAUUAGUAAGAAAGUGUUUGCUGACCCGACACCAGUCAUCAAAAUAUUUAUUCAGAGAAUGUAUGCUCAGAUUAUUAGAAAUAAGGUGACAUCGUUGUUACAGAAAUCGUUAGCGGUAAGUCCUUUGGCGCAUGUGAGAGUGUUACACUCGUUGUACACGUUAGUUGGUGAUUUCACAGAACAGAUUAAAGAUUAUUUGACGACAGAAGAGUUGGAUAAGGAUCAGGAGCUUUCGGCUAUUCUUGAUCAGUCGCAUAGUGAUUUAUUUGUUGAGUAUAUUGGUGACAAUGUUUAUUUCAACCGUGAAAAGAAGAACCUUGAAGAGACGAUUUAUGGGAUUGUUCAUGAAUUCAACACUGCCAACGAAAGUAUAAUUACCAGCAAAAGUUUGGCCACGAGAUUGGAGAAUCUCGACAACACCCAGAAACCAGAGAAAGAUAGAUUUAGUUUUGUGUCUGAGAAGAAGCGCAUGAACCAGUUUAAACAGUAUGUCACCGCCAAGCUUAAGGAUCGUAGUGGAUCGAGAAAUUCGGAGCCGGAGCCGACAUUUAUGGAGUGCAAGUCGUUGAACAUUGGUAGUGUUGAGACGGUGUUGAAAUCGGUGAUUGAGUCGGUUGCGCGGUUGCUUGAGUUGGUCCCUACAAAAUCAGCUGAAUAUGCAUUGGAAGUGUUGGAGAUCUUGAUUAUUGAUUUUGGUAAGCUUUAUAUUGGGUCUGGUCUUGAGGUUGUGUAUGAUGAGUGCAAGAAGAAUGCAAACUUGGAUUACUUGUCGUCGUUUGCAACCAUUAGUGAGCUCUUGUUUUUGAUGUCGUCGUGCAUCAAGAGAAUUAUAUUGCCGAUUGCCACCAACAUCCCAAGCAUAAAAACCAGAAUGAGCAAUAUGGUGAAUGGGUUUGUUGGUCAGUGCGAGACGUCUUUGAAUGUUAUUCUUAACGACACGUUAGAUCAUUUUCGAGCCAAGCUUCAGUCGCAGUUGGCCAAGCAAAAGAAGAAAGAUUUUAAUUGCAACAAUAUUGAGGAUGAUACAGAAGCGUGUGAGCUAGUUAGUAACUAUUUGGUGGAGAUAUAUACCAGUAUUCUGCUGGCGAUGAAUGGGGCCAAUCUCGAAAAGAUCUUGAUCAAGAUUGGGAUGGAAGUGUUGCACCAGUUGUUGGAGCACUACAAGAAGUUUACUGUCAAUUCGAUUGGGGGCAUUGUGCUUACCAAGGAUGUGAUUCGGUACCAGUCGGUGAUUGAUGGGUGGCAGAUUCCUGAAUUGUCGGAGCAGUUUCAGAUAUUAAGAGAGAUUGGGAAUUUGUUUACGGUGCAGACCGAUUUGGUCAACUCGUUGGUUACAGAGGGCCAGUUGGCAAAUAUGAAGCCGUACAAUGUCAGGCAAUAUAUCACCAAACGCGCCGAUUUCAAUCCAAGUUAUGCAGAUAAAUUUUUCAAGUUCAAAUAG